GCGUGCAAACACGACAUGAAGAGAAAGUGUACCACGUUGGCAGUGGGCAAUGGUCGGUUGGCCAUAUGUUCACCAUAGCUGCCUAAACACACAAUUCACAAACAUACUCAUCUCUCUGCCCCUCUUCAUAGUCCCUCCUCCCUUUCAAUCCAAGUCUCUCUCUCUCUCUUUAUUUUCUGCUUGAAAACUCCCACAACUUGAAGCUAAUUAAUACAUCUGCAAUAUUCUUUCUCUUUCUCUAAUGAGGAAACUUUGUCCAAAUUUUGAUAGAGAAGAUGGGCUCGAGACGGUCCUUGAGGUUCCAAUCCCAGAGGAGAUGUUUGGUUCAAACAAGAACGGGAAUAGGUCGUGGCAGAACUUGAAAGCUUGGAUGAGACCACAUACUGAUAGAUCUCUGGCAAACCUAUUUGGAAGCAGAAAUACAGAGAUCCAACUCUUGCUUGGUGUUGUUGGAGCUCCUUUGAUCCCUCUUCCCGUCUGUUGUGAUCACCUUUUCAUCAACCGGAACAUCAAAGACCAACCUAUUGAGGCAUCAAUGGCAAAAUACAUAGUGCAACAGUACGUAGCAGCAGUGGGAGGGGAGAAGGCAUUGAAUUCUGUAGACAGCAUGUAUGCAAUGGGGAAGGUGAAAAUGGGAGCUUCAGAGUUCUGUACAGGAGAAGGGAGCUUGAACAAUAAGGUGGUGAAAGUGAAGAAUUUGAUGAAUGGAGGUGGAGAGAUGGGAGGAUUUGUUCUCUGGCAAAAAAGGCCUGACUUGUGGUGCCUGGAGCUGGUGGUUUCAGGCUGCAAGAUUAGCGCAGGCAGUGAUGGUAAGGUAGCUUGGAGGCAGACUCCAUGGCACCAUCCCCAUGCUUCCAGAGGCCCACCUAGGCCACUCAGGCGGUUCCUCCAGGGUCUUGAUCCAAAAUCCACAGCCAACUUAUUCUCCAACUCCAUUUGCGUUGGGGAGAUGGCAAUCAACGACGAGGACUGUUUUGUACUAAAGCUAGAAGCUGAACCUUCAUCAUUAAGAGCAAGAAGCACAAGCAAUGUAGAAAUAAUAAGGCACACAGUUAGGGGAUACUUCAGUCAAAGAACAGGCCUCUUGGUCCAACUAGAAGACUCUCACCUUCUAAGAAUCAAAGCCUCAGGAAAUGACAGCAUAUUCUGGGAGACGACAAUGGAGUCCAGAAUUCAAGAUUACAGAACCAUUGACGGGAUAAACAUAGCACAUGGUGGUAGAACAUCAGUUUCAUUGUUUAGAUUUGGUGAGAACUCAGAAAACCAUUCAAGAACAAGAAUGGAAGAGGUUUGGGCUAUAGAAGAAGUGGAUUUUAACAUAAAAGGAUUAUCAAUGGACUGUUUUUUGCCGCCUCGCGACUUGAAGAAAGAGGGAGAAGAAGCAUAUGGAGUUGUGGCUUGCAAUGCAAAAUUGCCAUUGAAGAUCAGAUCAGCUUCUACUAAGAUUAGUGCCUGUAAAGUUGUGGCUAUUGAUGUUGAUUACUCUGAAAACAGUACGGAAACUAGUACUGAAGAUGAUGAUGAUGAAGAUGAUUAUUGAAGACUUGUAAAUUUUCGUUUUGUACAUAUUCCAUGACAAUCUUCAUAUGUUUGCUUCAGCUGCAAAUGAGUCUUUUUGGCUGAGCUAGAUUCAUAUAUAUUUUGAUAUUAUAAUUGAA